CUCUUUCCUCGGAGGAAACUUUCCGCCGGCUGGUCCCUCGGUCCGUGUCCCGCCCGUGCUGCCGCGGCCUGGGAGCCCAGCGGGGCCGGAGGGGCGGCGGGACCCGAGCGGGCGGGGGCGGCCGGACCCAGUGUAUGCGGCCGCGGGACGCGCCGGGGCCGGGCAGCCGGGAAGCGGGGCGCUGACGGCUGGUAGGGGAGCUGCCCCCCAGAGCAGCAUGGAUGCCCCGCGAAGGGACAUGGAGUUGCUCAGCAACAGCCUGGCUGCCUACGCGCACAUCCGCGCCAACCCCGAGAGCUUCGGCCUCUACUUCGUGCUGGGCGUCUGCUUCGGCCUGCUGCUCACCCUCUGCCUGCUCGUCAUCAGCAUCUCGUGGGCGCCCCGCCCGCGGCCCCGGGGCCCGGCUCAGCGCCGGGACCCCCGCAGCAGCACCCUGGAGCCCGAGGACGACGACGAGGACGAGGAGGACACGGUGACUCGGCUGGGCCCCGACGACACGCUGCCGGGCCCCGAGCUGUCCGUAGAGCCGGACGGGCCCCUCAGCGUCAACGUCUUCACGUCGGCGGAGGAGCUGGAGCGGGCGCAGCGGCUGGAGGAGCGCGAACGGAUCCUGCGGGAGAUCUGGCGCACCGGGCAGCCGGACCUGCUGGGCACAGGCACGCUGGGGCCCAGCCCCACGGCCACGGGCGCGGGCACCCUGGGCCGCAUGCACUAUUACUGAUGGGCCCCGGCUCCCGCUGCAAGGCGCUCGGGGUACCGGACCUGCACAUGAGCUCAGAGCUGCCCCAGACCUUCGGACUGCCUCGGCCCCCACAGCUCCCAGGUGCUACUGGGCGUGGACCGCCACCCCCUGAGAGGCUCCCUUCCCCAGUCCUGCCAGAAGACCCCGGGGGCGGGGAGGGGGCAGGAUGCAGGGUCCCCACUCCCUCUCUGGGGUCGAUGAAGAGGUGAAGUGACCAAAUGAAAGAAAGCUGCAUUCUCA